AUGCAUUUUGCGAAGACACUACGACUGGCCCUUCUUGGGGCUCUGCUAAAAGCCCCGUGUAGAGCUGAGGCUGUCAGCAAUGUAGCUAUCAUUGGAGCUGGUGCAGCAGGAUCGUCGGCGGCGUUUCAUCUACGGAAGUAUGCUCUAGAAGAGGAUCUUGAUGUGAACAUCACCGUCUUUGAGAAGACGGACCGUAUCGGAGGUCGCUCAUUGACCGUUUCCGCCUAUGAUGAUCCUUCUCUACCUAUUGAGCUUGGUGCAUCGAUUUUUGUUGGCGCGAAUCCCAUUCUUGUCAAUGCGAGUAGACGCUUCCAGCUCCCUGUGAGCGAGCCCCAUCGACUUGCCAAAGAUGACAUGACAGUCAUAUGGGAUGGUGUCGACUUCGUCUUCCAGACGACCGAGGGGGCUUGGGGAGGAUGGGAUCUGGCUAAGAUGUUCUGGCGAUACGGACUUUCACCGUACAGGGUCAAGAAGGUCGUAGAUACCAUGGUUGGGGAGUUUCUCACGCUGUAUGAAGCGCCAUACUUUCCUUUCAAGUCGCUUUCUCAAAGAACCCAGCAGACGGGGUUAAACAGAAUGACAGGACUCACGGGAGAACAGGUUUUGAAGGAAGCUAACAUUGAUGCUCGUUUCGCCCGCGAGAUCUUACAGGUUGGCACGCGAGUCAACUAUGCCUCUAACUUGGCGCACAUUCACGGAUUGGAGACCCUGGUCUCACUGGCAACCGAUAAUGCCAUGUCUGUUAAAACAGGUAAUUGGCGGAUUUUUGAGCAAAUGAUUGUAGAAAGCGGUGCUGCUGUCUACCGCAACACAACCGUGGCCACGAUUGAAAAGUCCCAGAAGAACAAAUACGUUAUCACAACUAAGGAUGUUCACUUGAAGGACAACACUGCCGAACAUUAUGGCGUUGAGUUCGACAAGGUCAUCAUCGCCAACCCCUGGCAAUUCAGUGACAUUAAGGCUGGAGAGGGUGUUCUUGAUCGCGAAAUUGACGAGAUUCCCUACACCAAGCUUCAUGUCACACUCUUCACAUCGCCCUUGCAGCUUAGCCCCGAGUUCUUUGGUCUAAAGCCUGGAAGCAAGGCACCCGCCACUGUUUACACAACUCUGGGCGAGGAUGAGGAAUCAAAGCAGGGUGCAGAGGGAGUUGGCCGUACCGGUUUCUUCUCCAUCAGCACGUUGAAAUACCUCGACAACCCCAAGACUGGUCAAAAUGAGCGCGUCUAUAAGAUCUUCUCUCCCAAGCCCAUCACCGCCAAAUUUCUCACACGACUUUUGGGCACUGAGGUUCCCGACUCGGUCGUUUCCACAAAGGGAAAGAUUGAAGAUGACUCUGUCAAAGCCAUCUCGUGGUACUACCCACACUCAUUCUACUCUUAUCCCAUUGAGCUGCCUCGCGUCACAUUUGAGGAUCCUGUUAUUGGCAAGGGCGUCUACUACACAUCUGGUAUCGAGAGCUUCAUUUCUUGUAUGGAGACCAGUGCUUUGAUGGGUAAGAAUGUGGCGCGGCUGGUUGCUGAUAAGUUUGCUGGGGUCUCUCGCCCGGAUGAUGUCUCAGAUGAGACCAAAGAGCCGGUAGCCGUGAAGAAAGAGGUGGAAGGUAUUCGUGCCCAGGGUGAAGUUGGGAAGCUCAUCUUCGGCUCAAGCACGCAAGAGGCCUUGAUCGAACUCCCGCAAGGUCAGCUCUAUCUCGUCCGACCUUUAUCACCCAAGGGAUAUUCCGAACUCAUCUUUCGAGACUCCGCUAUCCGCGUCCGUCGCACCAACCAAGAAUUUCAAUACCAGCUUGUUGUCCAGCGUGUUUUUGAGGAGGGUGAAGCAGAGCUUCUCGCUGAAGAAGAAGGAGAAGACGCUACUAUCGACGCGCUUGCUUCUGAGAAGGACGAGAAGACCUUUCUUCUAGACGAAGCUCUAUCCUUCCGUUUCGAGAUCCGAGAGAGUGGCGAUAAAGUUCUAGCUUGGAAGGAUCUCAGCGGUGAUACUGGUGAUCUGUUCCAGUUUGUUUGCGACUCCUCUACGACCCCCGCACAAGUCCAGCAGUUUGUGCGAGUCGCUCAAGAGUGUCAAUACGAGCGCAAGUACCGGAAGCCAAACUCCUACGCCACAGAGUCGGACUUACAACAAUUCGAAUUUGAAGAAGAAGACCCUAUCCCACCCGCAAGCCCCCUCCAUAGUCCCACCCUCGCUCGAUCCAUCGAGUCUGUCGACGAAAUGCUGUCCAAGAACACGGCCAAUACCGCUGCCAAGCGGGAGCCUGUCGUGGUUCCCGAGCAGGAGAUCGAGGCGCCUGUUCUGACCGGACCAGAUGCUGAAAACCCACCUGAGGCCCUGGAGAUUUAUGCUGCUGUCACAGCAGAGCUUCAUGUAUUCGACCCUCAGCCGGGCCACUUCGCUCUUGUAGACGACUCCGUUAUUGCUCAGGUCUCGGAGAUUGGCAAAUGGGAGUACUGGCUUCAAAUUGAAUCUGGCGACAAAGCGUACCUAGGUACUCCAGUCGUUGCAGACUUCAACCCUGUCUUCGAUUUUGAAUAUCUUUCCUUUGUCUUCAACCAUUUCAGCAGUGAUGGCACCGCGCGAUCUUGGCUUCUUCGAUUCAAGGACCAACCAACCCUAGAGAAGUUUCAAGAAGCUAUCAUGCAAGCUAUAUGGGAGAGACUCAAUGAGACCAAGUGGGCAAAGAUGCAGGACAAGGAGCGGGAGUAUGUUCUCGAUGCCUUUGGUGAUCUAACUAUGGAAGAUGCUCCCUCCUCCCAGGAGGAGGAAGAAGAAGAGGAGGAGGAGGAAGAACUCGAGGACGAUCGUGCUCGAGAUGAGGAGUACGACAGUGACGAGGAAAACGACAGCAGCUUCCCCAAAAAUGCUGAUGGUGAGGUCAAUUCUCAAUUAGCGGUUGGCUACAAGCAUGACCGCUCGUUCGUCGUCCGCGGUUCCAAGAUUGGAGUCUUCAAGCAUACGCCUAACAACCAUCUUGAAUUCUCCACAAACAUUUCCAAGGUCACGACCCCUGGCGGUAAACUAAUGAACCCAAAGAAAGUCAUGCUGCACAGCGAGGAUCGCGAUCUCAUUUUGCAGAAUGAAAUUGAUCCCAACAAACUCUACCGCAUGGAUCUCGAAUACGGAAAGGUGGUCGACGAAUGGCAUGUUCACGACGAUAUUCCUGUUGUCACAUUUGCCCCUGAGAACAAGUUUGCUCAGAUGACGUCUGAGCAGACUUUCUUGGGUGUCUCGAACAACGCUCUCUACCGCAUUGACCCUCGUUUGUCUGGGAACAAGCUUGUCGAUUCGGACAUGAAGCAAUACGCCUCGAAGAAUGAUUUCUCCGCCCUUGCAACUACGGAGAAGGGCUACAUCGCAGUCGCUAGUAAUAAGGGUGACAUUCGCCUUUUUGAUCGCCUUGGUAUCCGGGCCAAGACCCAGCUUCCUGCUCUCGGUGAUCCCAUCACUGGUAUCGACGUCUCCGCUGAUGGCCGAUGGAUCUUGGGUACCACCAAGAACUAUAUCCUCCUUGUUGAUGCUCAACAAAAGUCUGGCAAGAAUGAGGGCAAACUUGGCUUCGAGAAAGCAUUCGCAGCCACCGAUAAACCUCAUCCUCGUCGUCUAGCUCUAACCCCUGAGCAUGUGGCUCAGUUCUACCAUGAGACAGGCAAGCCUGUCGAUUUCACUCCUGCGAAGUUCAACACUGGAGCUGGCGCCGAGGAAACAAGUAUCAUCACAGCCACUGGUCCUUACAUUAUCGAAUGGAACUUGAAGCGCAUCCUCCGCGGAAUGAAGGCUGCCUACAAGAUCAAGCGAUACGAAGAGGAAGUCAAAGCUGAUGAUUUCAAAUACGGAUCUGAUAAGAACGUCAUCGUUGCCCUGCCCAAUGAGGUCAAUAUGGUUGCUAAACAAAGCUUGCGGAAGCCCACUCGCGAAAGCAUUAUUGGCAACGUUCGACUAAGCGAUUCGCGCAGAGGCUCAGGCCGCAUUGGAACCCAUGACAGCGGCCGAUACAAGUUGGGCAGGGAUGAUGUUGUUAACGCGCCCUACUAA